AUGAGCGACACGGCCGAACAUCAGCCCGAUCUCUCGGCCCUCACAGGCUCUCCCGGUCAGAAGCGCAAGCGCGAUCCCAGCAGUCCCUCGUCCCUGCUUCGAUCCAAGCGCACCGCGCCCGCGGCCAACAUGUCCGUCACCCCCGGCGACACGGCCGCCUACAUCGAGAGUGCCAUCCAGGCCACCGAGGCCGCCGCCGCCAACGGCGUCAACGUCGCCGACUUCAACGCCCUCCAGCAAGCUACGCAGGAGGGCAACGAGGCCGCCGACAAUGCCUCGGCCACCAGCACCGCCCAGGCCGCCCUGGGAAUGUACCCGACGCUGCACGUCCCCCCUUCCACCGAGGAGCAGUUCGCCGCUCAGGCUGCCGCCCAGGCUGCUGCCGAGGCCGCCAGCGAGGAGAAUGGCCACGACGGCUCCGGCUUCAACACGGCGUCGGACGCCAGCCAUCAUCAUCACCAGCAGCAGCAGCAGCAGCAGCAGCAGCAUUCACCACCGCCGCAACCUCAGCAGCAGCAUAAUCAGCAGCCGCAACAGCGGCCGCAGCACCAGCCCGACGGAGUGAGCCCGGACCAGGCCCCGCAACCUCAGGUGCCCCCGAGCCAGCAGCUGGCCUCGGACGGAGCCGUCCAGCAGCCCGAUGGGUCGAGGUACUCUGGCGGGUCACCGACGCCGGGGCCCAAGCCCACGGUCGGGUCAGAGGAGUGGCACAAGAUGCGCAAGGAUAAUCACAAAGAGGUUGAACGUCGCCGUCGUGAGACGAUCAACGAGGGAAUCAACGAGCUAGCCAAGAUAGUGCCGGGAUGCGAGAAGAACAAGGGUUCCAUCCUCCAGCGGGCAUGCCACUUCAUCAUCCAGCUCAAGGAGAAUGAGCAGCAGAAUAUCGAAAAGUGGACGCUGGAGAAGCUGCUGACGGAGCAGGCCAUCACGGAGCUGAGCAUGUCCAACGAUAAGCUCAAGCAGGAGUGCGAGAGACUGUACCGUGAGCUCGAGACCUGGAAGAGGGUGGCGCAGAAUGCCGGUCUGGAACCGCCUCAGCCGAAGGAGGAGCCUACCAUUGUUGAACAGUAG